UGUAAAUAAUUGACAAUGAGUUAUAUGAAAUAAAAAUUAUUUCUGUAAAAAUCAUCAAAAUCUUUUCAACAGUGUAUGCAAAUCGGCACGAAAUCGUAUAUGAAAGAUUGCUAUCAUAUACCAAAUAAGUGUGCGCUUGGUCUGAUAUUAAUAAUGAUGAACAACCUCAAAGCUGGAAAUUUUAUGGAUUUAUCUUUAGCCAAUUUUUGCAACGUAAGUAUAAAUUUCAACGGAAUUAUUUUCAUGUAGUCAUAUAGAAUUAUUUUCAAUUAUUUAUAAGAAUAGAUAAGAAAAAAUUUCAGAUCGUGUAAGCGUCCGUGGCUUACUUGAAUUUACUUUGUACUUUUUAUAUUUAAUAUAAUGGUAUCAUCGAUACGGGAUGUAUUAUAGUAACAUUAGCGCUAAAAUAUUUAAUAAAAAUUAAAUAUACUCUAGCAUAUUUGCUAGUGAGUCUUGUUAUAUAAAUGAUUCACGUAAAUGUAAGCUUGGUAUAUAAAUAAAUAGAGUUAAAAUUUAUGAUAUUGACGAGAUUGAAACUGCAAAUUAACUAGAAUAAUUAUGACAUAAAGCUGUGUUACAUACUGUGUUACGCAAAGUACAUGUAGCUAUAUCCUGCGUACUUGUCUGCUGAUUGUAAUACUUCCAAUGUGACGUUACGCACUAUAGAAAUAGCGAUUACACGUAUAUCCACGCAACUAUGUUGAAACUCGUAAACUUUAUAUCGUUACGCAUUGCACUCGACAGUGCCACUCGUUACGUAUUGUCAUCGACAUGAUCCUCGAACAUGCGAUGACUGAGAAAGGGGGACAGUCCCUCGCGUACGCAUGUCUUCCCCUUACUUGCACAUGACAUGUACGGUACGCACCUGCACGCGAUCACGGAAUCAUUUCCCCGCGCUUGCGUCGCCACACGGACGUCGAGACCCUGCCGUAUGCGUAUUUCAGUCGGUGUUGCUCCAUGCGAACGACAGCAUGCACGAUCGAUUCCAACCAGACAAGAUACACAAUGUACGUUACGAACAAGACGUACACUACGCUAUGCAGCUGUGCCGGUGGAUCCUGAAACCAAUCGGUAUCUGGCAUCUGAUUCAUGAACGCUCGUCGCAAAGCGAGAAGUUUCUUUCAUUUAUACUGAUCCUCGCGUGCUUGUCCGGUCUAUGUUUCGUGCUUGUACCCGCCGGUCCGUACAUUCUAUUCCGCGAGAAAGAUAUCAAUAUCAAGGUCAAGCUCUUCGGACCGGUCGGCUUCUGUCUAACUUCCGCGAUCAAGUACUGCUUCCUCGGAGCGCGCGUCUCGGCGAUCGGAAGAUGUAUCAAACACGUUGAAAGCGACUGGCGGGUAGUACGGUAUCAGGAUCAUCGCAAAAUGAUGCUGAAAAACUCUCUAGUGGGUCGCAGACUAACGACGCUGUGCGUAAUCUUCCUUUACACCGGCGGUAUGUCAUAUCACACCAUCAUGCCAUUAUCAUCUGGGACGAAGACGAACGGUAGUUUCACAAGUAGGCCCUUGGUUUAUCCGGGAUACGAUCUUUAUGUUGAUCCUCAGGCAAGUCCCGCUUACGAGACCAUCUUUUUCAUGCACUGUCUGUCCGCUAUGAUACAGUAUAGCUGUACGACGGCGGCGUGCAGUUUGGCCGCGAGUUUUGCGACACACGCGUGCGGACAGGUGCAGAUAUUGAUGACACUUUUGGACGAUCUAGUCGAUGGAAAGAGGAUUAAAGGCACCGUCGCGAAACGUCUAAGCUUGAUAGCGAAGCAUCACGUGCGUGUGCUGAGAUUUACGGCCGACGUGGAGGAAAUUUUACGUGAAAUAUGCUUAAUGGAACUUGUGGCCGCCACCUUGAUUAUAUGCUUGCUCGAGUAUUAUUGCAUGAUGGAAUGGGCGAAUAGCGACGCCGUGGCCAUCCUCACGUAUUUUAUUUUAUUGAUAUCUUUAACGUUCAACAUUCUAAUAUUCUGUUACAUCGGCGAACUCCUCAUGGAAGAGUAUGGUAAAAUCGGUUCAGCGGCGUAUGAAAUUAAUUGGUACGAUUUACCUGGCCAUAAAGCUGCUGAUCUUAUUCUGAUUAUCACAAUGUCUCACUAUCCGCCUAAACUUACGGCUGGCAAGUUCUGCGAUUUAUCCCUGAAUACUUUCAGCACUGUACUUAAAUCAUCCGUAGUGUAUUUAAAUUUACUUCGGACAGUUACACAAUAAAGCUUAUGCUUCUUUCAACUGUUCCUGGCAGCGAGUUUGUUAUAGGUAUAUUUUUUCUCAAGAAAUAUUAUAUAGAAAUCGAUAAUAAAUUAACAUAUAUCACAUUUGUUACAUGUCAUUUAGUCUGCCUUAAAAUAUAUAAAAUUUUACUAAACAAAAUUAACUUAUUAUAACAAUUUCAUUAACCGUGACAUAAAAAAGACAUUGUGUUUAAAAAUUAAAAUUUACCAUACCAGGAAAAGAUUAGAAAGCUGCAAGUAUAUUGUAAAACAAUACAUAAAAUACAUCUUUAUAUCAUAUGUAAUGCACAGGUAAUAUAUAAAAAAUUGCUAGAGAUGCAUCACUUGAAAGAGGUAUCAAAGCUACGCACUCUCCCUUUGUGUGAGUGAAACUAUACUAGAACUUGUCAUGAACUUCCGAGCCCUUCGCAUUUGCACAUCACUGAACAAACCCGCGAACAAGCAUUAACCGAGGGGAAAAAGUCAAUCGUACGCAAGGCUAAGCACCUAGUCGUACAUGAAGCGAACAUGCACGCGAUAUUGGAAUCACUAUUUCCCCGCGUUUGCGUUGCGAGAAAUGGAAUGUCGCGCAGCGUCCGCGUGUUUCAGUCGUCGUUACACUUUGCCAGCGACAGCAUGAGUGAUCAAUCCCUUACAGGAAAGAUGUUCAAGGUAUAUAAUGUACACCAUAAGCACGACAUACGGUGCACCAUGCAAGUGUGUCGCUUGAUCCUGAAACCCAUCGGUAUGUGGUACGUAAUCUACGGUUGCAGAAGGAGAAGCUCAUCUUAGUAACAUUAAUCUUCUUAUGCUUAUCUGCUUUAUUCUUUGUCCUGAUACCUUCUGGGCUUUCCGCGAAAAGGACAUCUACAACAAUAUCAAGCUCAUCGGUUCAGUUGGCUUCUGUCUAACUAAUACGAUUAAGUAUUGUUACCUCGGUAUGCGAGCCGCCACAUUCGAAAAAUGCAUUCGACACGUCGAAGACGAUUAGCGGAUCGUGCGACAGCAAAAUCAUCGUGAGAUAAUGCUGAAGAACAUGCUGAUGGAUCAAAAUUUCGGUCAAAAUAAUCUUGAUUAAUAUUUUUUUCAUGAAUGUUUAUAUACAUUUUACAGUUCUGUAAAACACGCGCCAACGAUUUUAUCGGUUGCAAAACGUAGUAGAAUCCUACAGUUAAAAUUGUUGAUUUAUAAAACUGUAAAAUGUAUAUUGGGUAUGUAAAUAUAUAACUCACGCAGAAAAAUAUUAAGCUACCAGAACCAUUUUGACCAAAAAAAAUUUAUUUUUGCAUAUUUGUAUGUGUUAACCACAUGUUGAUUUAAUUAUAUUUCUUAUUAUUUAUAAUAUUUUAUAUUUUUAUCAGUAUAGCAAAAUUGGUUCUGCAGUCUAUGAAAUCAAUUGGUACGAUUUAUCCGGGAAUAAAGCUCUCGAUCUCGUGUUACUCGUGGUGAUGUCUCAUCAUCCACCUAAACUUACAGCUGGCAAAAUUAUCAAUUUAUGCAUUAAUAUAUUUGGUGUCGUGAGUUUUUCAUAUAAUUAUUGUCAUUAUUUUGGUAAUUGCUGAACUUGUUUAUUAAUCUAUCUGUACAUUUUUCUUUCUUUCUUAUUUUUGUAAUUGUAACUCUUUGUAAUUUUAACUCACUUUCAGGUAUUCAAAACACCAGUAGUGUAUUUAAAUUUACUUCGCAUGGUUACAUAAUAGAAUUUACAUUCCAUGCAUCAUAAUCUUCAUUACUUAAAAUUUGUCAGAUAGAUAUAUUUUUACUAUAAUAGAUAUUGUGUGUAUAUAGAAAAAGUAUUAAUAAAAUAACACAUGUUAUUGAUUAAAA